UGGAAUUAUUUACAGAAGCAACAAAGCAAAUAUUUCCAAAACUCUUGACUGUACCCAGCUUCUACAGGUUCAGAUUGCUCAACACUAAUAGAGAUGUCACAGAGUAAGCUGUAGGAAUUACCGUUGAUAAUCUGGCAUGGCUGCAGCAAGAGUGUUGCAGGUCUUUUUGAAGAAUGGAGAAUCAGACUGUAAUUUCAGAAGUUUUUUUAGUUGGAUUUCCAGGGGUUCCUGAAGACCUCCACAACCUUGUGGCCGCUGUGAUGUUUUUGGUUUAUGUAUUCUCCCUUACCGCCAAUGGUAGCGUCAUAUGUUUGGUCACCCUAAAUAUGUAUCUUCACCAACCCAUGUAUCUGAUAAUAGCAAACCUCGCUGCCUCUAAUCUCUUGUUUGAUACAGUUACAUUACCAAAACUCAUUGCCCGAUACUGGUUCGGGUCUUCUUCUAUUAACUUCAAGGUGUGCAUCUUCCAAAUGUUCUGUGUCCAUUUUUUUGGAAGUAUUGAUUCUUAUCUGCUAAUGUUGAUGGCUGUGGAUCGCUAUAUUGCCAUCUCCCAGCCCCUGAGAUACACUUUGGUCAUAACCAAUAAGAGAACGCUUGUUACUUGCUCCUUUUUUUGGAUUUUGGCCGCCUCAUCUAGAAGUGCAACUGUGUCAACCCAAUUUUCUAAAAUAGUUUUAUGUGGCCCGGAUCCCAACAAGAUAAACACUUUGUUUUGUACCCAUGGGGCAAUCAUGGACAUGUACAUGGACUGUACAGACGUAACCUCCAUGAGGAAUGAGUCCUUUGUCAGCGCUAUGGUGGUGCUACUUGUCUGUUUAGGGAUCAUUGUGCUCUCUUAUAUCUUGAUCAUAGUGGAGAUCGCCACAUCAUAUCGCUCUGACAUUUGGCGCAAAGCCUUUUAUACCUGCACAACCCAUCUGCUGGUGGUGGCCUUGUAUUUUGUGCCUCGACUCUUUCUCUACAUUGUUUCUAACAUUUCUAGCAUUUCGGCAAUAAUUGUUCAGCCAGAUAUCAAUGCCCUCCUUUUGUUUUUUUACUCUGUUGUCCCACAUUUGGCCAAUCCCGUUAUAUAUUUCCUCAGAACGAAGGAGAUCCGACAAACAUUUGCCAAAGUUCUUCAGAGAAUCAAAUACAGGGUUGGCCAUAUGUAA